GCGUAUCGCGUGUCGUCCCCAGCUGUGUUUGGCGUCUUCCUCGACGUGCUCUCCUCCUCGACGAGGCGCCGAAUCGUGAAGGAAAAGCGGCAGUCGCGUGUCGGCCAGCGGACAGAUCGGUGCAGAGCUUGAUGCGCCGCCUCAUCUCUGCAAACGCACUUGACACAAUUGCUUGCCAAUUGAGGAUCGAUGACUGAAAAAAUUUGCGGACACGAGCCUGCGGACUCGCGGAAUCUGGUGGAGCGUCGAUACCGGUGAAAUCGUCGAAUGAAAUGUCGUAAAGUAGCACGUCCGAAGAGGAGCGAUCGAGACUUAUCGAGGAUGUUGACCUGGUAGCGGGUGUCGAUCGACGGAGAAAAUCGUUCGCGCGUCAAAGAAUUCAGCGGUUGACGUUUGCGGUCCAGCUGUCGUCCAAUCGCAUCUCCGCCUUCGUCGCAUCCUUCAGUGGUGUGAAUCCAGUGAAUGGAUUCUUCAUGAGUGAUUGUUGCCGGAUCGAUUCGAUAGUCGGAAGAGACGAAUGGCCAGCGACGAGACGUCAUACUCCGAUGGGUCGCCCGUGAUCAGCGCGGAAUCGAUCAUCUGAUCGGCGCCGAGAAGAAUCCCGCGCACGCGAAUAAGGGCCUUGAUUUCCAGAGGAAACUGACGAGAAUGCCGAGGGAAAACAUGUGGCGGCAGAGGAGAGUGCCCGUUCCCAAGAGGACGAUCGAGUUGAUCGCUUUGGUGGCGAUUUCCAGUACGCUAUUUCUUUUUCUGCACACAAGAGAUUUACACUCGCGUCUGAAGAAGAUGGAAGUGCGUCUUCAACCGGGAGAAGACGAUGUGCUUUCGGCGAAUCAGCUUUCAUCUGAAGGCGUUCAAACGGAUUCCAACCCAAGCGGACUCAUCCAUUACUCGAAUGUGCAGCGUACUGUUACAGGAAAGUACGAGGAGCGAGAGACACUCGACAUUGAGGCCCUCAACAAUACGAGAAGGGCCGACCGGCAGGUCCUGUUCUUCAAUCGCGUGCCAAAAGUCGGUUCGCAGACCUUCAUGGAGCUGCUGAGAAGGUUGUCGAUAAGGAAUGCGUUUUCGUUCAACAGGGACCGCGUGCAGCGAGUCGAGACCAUACGUCUUGCGCCGAUCGAACAGCUUCAUCUUGCCAGGAUGGUCAGCAGUUAUUCAGAGCCAUCUGUCUACGUAAAGCACGUCUGCUUUACUAACUUCACAGAAUUCCAUCUACCAGAGCCGAUUUACAUCAACGUGGUCCGCGAUCCCGUGGAGAGGGUCAUAUCCUGGUAUUAUUAUGUAAGAGCGCCGUGGUAUUACGUGGAGAGGAAGCAGAUCUUCCCGGAUCUGCCGCUACCCGAUCCCAAUUGGCUUAAGAAGGACUUCGAGUCGUGCGUUCUUAAGGGCGAUCGAGAGUGUAGAUAUCUGGAGGGUGAAGUCCACGAAGGUAUCGGCGAUCAUCGCAGGCAAACGCUCUUCUUCUGUGGGCACAGCGAGAAAUGCACUCCUUUUAACACUGUGGGUGCUUUGGAACGAGCCAAACUGGCGGUGGAGAAGCACUAUGCAGUGGUUGGUGUCUUGGAGGACAUGAACACGACUCUCACGGUACUGGAAAAUUAUAUACCACGAUUCUUCCAGGGAGCCACCAAUGUUUAUUAUGAUCAAGUAAAUUCCUUCACGAGAAUCAACCGGAACUUCUUCAAACCGCCAGUCAGCGAGGAAGUGAAGAACCUGGUGCGCAGCAAUUUUACUCGUGAGGUCGAAUUCUACCAGUUUUGCAAACAACGACUUUACAGACAAUACAGAGCUCUCAAGUUGCAAUCCAACGUUCUGUGAUUGGCGAGCAAUCUCUAAAAAAGAUCUUCCGUCCAUUGUGUGAGUGUAUUUAUUAAAAGGUAGACGUGCGAAAAGCAUUACCAAGAAGGACGUAUCUCGAUAUAAGUGCAUUAAUUACAGUGAUUUGCUAAACAAGUAUGAUAGUUAGUUUUGAAGAAUUAUUAGUCUAUGAGAAUUUGA